CUCCUCUGCCUUUUUCGAUAGCAAUGGCUAAGACUAGAAAAGGAAAGUCCAAGGUAGCCCCUGCUCCUUAUGUAGCCAAGAAGCAGGCUACUAAGAAAGUAACCAAUCCAUUGAUUGAGCGUAGACCGAAGAAUUUUGGUAUUGGUUGCGAUAUCCAGCCAAAGCGUGAUCUUACACAUUUCAUGAGAUGGCCCAAGUACAUCAGAUUGCAACGACAAAGAUCGACUUUACAAAAGCGUCUGAAAAUUCCUCCUAGUAUUAAUCAAUUUUCCGAUACCUUAGACAGACAAACAGCCGUCAAAUUGUUCCGUUUAUUGAACAAGUAUCGACCUGAAACCAAGCAAGCCAAAAAGCAACGCUUAACAGAAAUUGCGGAAAAGAAAGCUAGUGGAAAAGAUUCUCAACCGAGCAAGAAACCUUCAGUCGUUAAGUUUGGACUCAAUCACGUUACUUCUUUGAUAGAAGGAAAAAGAGCUAACCUUGUUGCUAUUGCCCACGAUGUUGACCCCAUCGAGCUUGUUGUUUGGCUGCCUGCCCUAUGUCGUAAGAUGGGAGUACCUUAUUGCAUAGUCAAAGGAAAAGCUAGAUUGGGAAAAGUUGUUCAUCAAAAAACUGCAACCUGUUUAGCCGUUACAUCUGUCAACAGCGAAGAUAAGAAUGCCUUAGCUACUUUGGUUGAUGCCGUCAAAUCCAAUUAUAAUGAUCGUGGAGACGAGAUUCGUAAGCACUGGGGUGGUGGUGAAAUGGGUGCCAAAUCUAUAGCUGCCAUGAAAAAAAUAGAAAAAUCAAAAGCAAAGGAUUUGUCUGCUAAAAUGGUUUAAACAACUGUAAAUUGUUAUUAGAUUGAUACCAACUUUACCAAUAAAGGAAUGUUGUAAAAAGUUUUA